UCAGAAAACACCACCAGAGACGGUUGUAUAUUAAGGAUCUUUGACACCACACAGGGCAGUCUUCGCUCAUGUCUAGUGUGUUUUAGGGAACUAACUAGAAAUAAACUUAUUUUAUCCUAACUUCCAAUUCCAUUAUUUUAUCUAACGUUAAACCCUGCAGACAACGAGAUGACCCAAGCGCAUACGUACAGUCCGAAUGUUAGAGUCGGGAACUGGAUCGAGGACCUCGUUUUGAAGGAGGAUAUGCUGAAGGACUUCUUGGAGCAGAAGGAUAAAGGAGAUCUCACGCUGCAGAAGAUCGGCAAACUGAGGGACAACAUCAUGAAGAGUGUAGAGUUGUCUGUAGCACAGGGCAGUGUGCGUUUUGGAGACACUGUGAUGCUGGUCAACACUGGAAGGACAGGGCCUGACCCACGAGACCCCUGUGCCCUCAGCAUCAUCACUGACAUCGGCAACAUCAGGGCACGCCCCCAGCAAACCGACAACCAAUCACUGCAGGCACCCUGUUCUGUGAGUGGAGCCCAGAGCUUGCAGCCUUGUGUUCGCAAUGCAUUCAUCAUCGACAGUGUGGACGGGACCGCAAAGGGUGAAACACUGCGUUAUGACCAGAGCUUCUGUUUGAGGACCACUGCAGGCCACGCCGGAGGGCUGUACCUGGCCAGUGAUGUAAAGAGUUUCCAGAAGUGUGCACAGAAGUCCCGCCUACAGGAAGUGAGUUUGGUGGAGGAGCUAAGCUUCCUGUGCCACUGGAAGCUUAAGUACUUAAACCCCCAAGAGCGACUGGAACAGGAAGGAUUCCCAGUGUCUGCAAACUCAAAGGUGCUUAUCUCCCACUGCAAGACCAACCAGUGUCUGGCCCUCAUGGACAAGCACAUCCUGUGGACACCAUAUGGUAAAGAGUACGAGAUUACUGCUCACACCCUCCUGGACUCCCAUAAGUUCGAGCAGGAUAGCAACCACUGGAUCUUCACGACCUCUGACCCCGGCAACCAUGGACACACCCUCUUCCAAACACAGCAAGCCAAUCAGGGCACAGAGGAGGCCAGAUCAGAUCCACAGCUUCUGUCUGACUCAACACCUGACCACUAAUAUUUAGACACACUCUCUGUCCAUCUCUACCACAUAACAUUGCCUCAGAAAUAAAGGAGAAAUUGAUGAA